UUAAAUGAUUCGUUUCGCGAAUUUAAAUCGACUAAUUUCGGUUAACGGUCGAUGCGAAAAGAGUAUUGGAGACCACCGUGACCGUGACUUGAGUUAUCGUGAAUAAGUCACGACUUGCAAGGCAGGUUGACUUCGUUUGGUAUUUUCUGUACUUUUCGGUAUAUUUCAAAGCCGCGGUCACACUUGCGUAGGAAAAAUAUUAAAAAAAACUUUAUUUAUUGUUUAAUGUGUAAAUAAUAGUGAUAAGAAGCAACACAGCUGUGCGGAUUGCGAAGCGGAUAGCAAAGCAGACGGCGUAUAAAACGCGAGGCAUUGCGAAAGUGCAACUUAUUGGCUGUAAAAAGGGCAGCACGGAAAGCAGAGAAAUCCGGAGAAGCAACAGCGCAGUCGGCAGCGACGCCCACGCAGCGGAAGUAAUAAAAAAAAGAAAAGAGAAAUCGGAAAGAGUGGGAAGAGCGGAGGAGGAGAAGGAGAAGGAGAGGGAGGAGCUGGUAUUGUGGCAGAGGGGGCGGAGUAACACAGAAGCAGGUGGAAGAGGAGAAGUAAUAAACAGGACAGAGGAGCAGGAGGAGGAGGUGCGGCCGGAAUUGAAGAAGAAGAGACACUGGGAACCGGGAACGGGGAGGAGGAGGAGGAGCAGCAGCCCCACGACGCCCGCAGCCAUUGACGUCAUGCCGCUGGCCGAUUCCCAAAAGGAUCUCCGCCAGCAGCCUCAGCAGCAGCAGCAGCAGCACCAACACCAUCAGCACCACCAUCACGUCUCCAUCUCCACCAGCAACAGCAGCAGCAACAACAAUGCGGAGCAGCAGUGCAGCAGCAGCAGCAGCGGCUUGGGCCUCCAGCUGCGCCAACGCAUGCAGAUCACUUCCUCCGGCUGCAGCAGCCUGGCGGUCACGCCCAUGGAGCACACGCCCACGGAGGACGAGGAGAGCGGCGGCGGUGGCAGCAGCAGCGGCGGGGUCACCUCUUCGGUGACUACGGUGACCUCAUCGCAGCGUCGCCAGCAGGUGCAACAGCAGUCCGCUUUGCAAGCGGCCCUGGAACAGCAUCACAUCUCACCGGCGGCGGCGGCGGCGGAGCAGCAGGAAUCCCCCAGAGAAAGGCCAGCGGCCCAGCGUACACUAUGCCCGCCACCAGAGCUCAUGGAGCUGAGUGACUCCGAGUCCCAGGGAGGCGGUGGCAGUGGCGGUGGCGGUGGCAGAGGAGGCAGGAGAGAAGGAGCCGUUGUGGGCAGAGCCACUGGCUCAGAGGACACCGAAAAUCUGGACGAAACGGAAAACGAAAACGAAUUCGAGCUGAAGGAGGUCAUCAAGGAGGGUCACGACAAGGCCGAUCCCUCGCAGUUCGAACUGCUGCGUGUCCUGGGCGAAGGUAGCUUCGGCAAGGUGUUCCUGGUGCGCAAGAUCAUUGGCAAGGACGCCGGCACCCUGUACGCCAUGAAGGUGCUGAAGAAGGCCACCCUUAAGGUGAAGGAUCGCGUGAGAAGCACCAACGAACGCAAGAUCCUGGCCGAUGUGGGUCACGCCUUCAUCGUGCGCCUCCACUACGCCUUCCAAACACCCGGAAAACUCUACCUGAUACUGGACUUCCUUCGUGGCGGCGAUCUGUUCACCCGCCUGUCCAAAGAGGUGAUGUUCACCGAAGAGGAUGUCAAGUUCUAUCUGGCGGAACUGGCGCUGGCCAUGAAUCACCUGCACACGCUGGGCAUCAUCUACAGGGAUCUGAAGCCGGAGAACAUACUGCUCGACGAGCACGGGCACAUUGCCCUGACGGAUUUCGGCCUGUCCAAGCAGCCCUUGGAUGGCUCCAAGACCUACAGCUUUUGCGGUACGGUGGAGUACAUGGCACCGGAGAUCGUGAACCGGAAGGGACACGAUUUUGCCGCCGAUUGGUGGAGUUUCGGUGUGCUCAUGUACGAAAUGCUGACGGGGAAUUUGCCAUUCCAUGGCCAAACCCGCCAGGAGACCAUGAACCAGAUCCUCAGGAGCAAGCUGGGCAUGCCGGAGAAUCUAUCGCCGGAGGCACAAUCCCUGCUGCGGGCCCUCUUUAAACGGAAUCCGCAGAACCGAUUGGGUGCUGGUGCCCAGGGAAUACUGGACAUCAAGGCGCACUGCUUCUUUGCCACCAUCGACUGGGUGGGAUUGGAACGAAAGCAGGUGCGUCCGCCUUUUAUACCGGCGGUUAGCCGUGACGAUGCCUUCUACUUUGAUGUGGAAUACACCUCGAAGUCACCCAGGGAUUCGCCGGGUGGUCCCAUUUCCGCCUCGGCGCACGAGAUUUUCCGUGGCUUUAGCUUUGUGGCACCCGUCCUCCUGGAGGAUCAGUGUGGAGCCGGCUCGAAUAGCCGCUCCACCGCUGGCGGCAGCCCGUUGCACAACAUUGCUCCCGUUCCCGCCGCUCCGCUGGGCGGUGCGCCCCGAACGCUGCCAGGUGUCCUGCCCGGAAACUUCCAUGCCGAGUACAAUCUGCUGCAGGAACUGGGCCGAGGAACCUUCUCGGUGUGCCGGCUAUGCGAGCAUCGCGCCUCCAAGAAACACUAUGCGGUGAAGGUAAUCGAAAAGGCAGCCGUGGCCGCCGCGUCCACAUCCACGUCGGCCGAUUGCUGGGAGGAAGUGGAGAUUAUGCUGAGGUAUGGCAACCACCCCAAUAUCGUCACCCUGUAUUCCGUUUACGAGGAUGCGGGCUCCGCCUAUCUGGUAAUGGAGCUGCUCAAGGGCGGCGAGCUGCUCGAUCGCAUCCUGGCCGUGGGUCAGAUGUGCGAGAGCGAAGCCAGUGCCGUUCUACGGACGAUUGCGUCCGCAGUGGCCUAUCUCCAUGAGCAUGGAGUGGUCCAUCGGGAUCUGAAGCCCUCGAAUAUGAUAUAUGCCAGCAUGCGGCAAACUCCCGAAACCCUGAAGCUCUGUGAUUUGGGCUUCGCCAAGCAACUGCGCGCGGACAAUGGACUCCUGAUGACGCCCUGCUACACGGCCAACUUUGUGGCGCCCGAGGUUCUAAAGCGGCAGGGAUACGACUUGGCCUGCGACAUCUGGUCGCUGGGCGUGCUGCUGUACAUCAUGCUAUCGGGACGGACGCCCUUCGCCAGCACUCCGAACGAUUCGCCGGAUGUGAUACUGAAGCGCAUCGGGUCGGGACACAUUGACUUCACCAGCAGUCGCUGGGCACUGGUCAGUGUGCCGGCCAAGGAACUGUUGCGCCAGAUGCUGCACAUAGUGCCAGAGAAUCGGCCGACGGCGGCGCGAAUUCUUGAGCACCCAUGGCUGCGGGAGCAAUUCGCCGGCGGUGUUCAGCUCACGGAGUAUGCAAUGGCACCCGGAUCACAGCUUUCGCUGGGCGCCCAACAGCAGCAGCAGAAUCACAUCUCGAUGGCGUUGCGGGGAGCUGUGGAUGCCACGUUUCGGGCCAUUGCCAUACCGCAGGCGGCCAAUGUGGGACCCGUGGAACUGUCGAUGCUGGCCAAAAGGCGGGCCAAGGACCGAGCCAACUUGCACUCCUAAUCCUGGGCCGCAGCAUGGUGUGCGCGACGCCAGGCCAAGAGGCAGAUAAACCGGCUAGUUUUCCGACUCUAUAGUAUUCUGAUGCAAUGUUGCUGUGCCAUACCGCGACGCCUCGUCCACAAUGGCAACGGGCACAGGCUGGGUCCACAUCCGCAUCCACAUCCACUGGGCAAUCCUCGCCAGCGCUGCCGCAGCGCCAAGCUGCGCGUGGUUUAGGCUAGUGGCGUGUAAUCUGUAAUCGGCCCGACUUUAAGUAUUUAACGACAAUUGUUGAUUAUUUAUUUUAUAUGAAAGCAUACCGAGAUGCCAAGGCCAAAAAGCAAAGUGCAGGGCAUCUAUAUACACAUAUAUAUAUAUAUAACUAUACAGAUACCGAUAUACAUCUAUAUACAUAAAUAUAGCUAUUUAUAUAACAAAUCCUUGAGCAAGGGCCUCGAGUGCGUGCAUGUGUGUGUGUUCGUGGCGCCAGGAUCAACCCAGAUAAUGCCUGAUCAUCCAGUAUUUAUCCACAACUCGAAAUCGAAAUCGAAAUCGAAUGUAAUCCCCACGCACACACCACAACUUUACAACAUAUAAAACAAAUGCAUACAUAUUUUUAAUUAAAUUAAUCGUAGCUAAAUUUUUCAACAUCACCUUGUUAUUGUUGUAUGACUAAUUAAUUAAAAAGCUAAACGAAAAAAGAAAAAUAAUUAACAGAAAAACAAGGGAAAAAACCACGAUCCUUUUCUAUUAUUAUUAACUACUUUUGUCGCCAAACUAUUAUAACAAAUCGUAAAGAAGCUAAGAAAAACUGUGUAAAGAGAUAAUAAGCCUAAUAACAAACAAAAAAAAAAAAAAAAAUGAAAA